CUUUCCAACGACAUCACCAACACACCGAAACACGGCGCCCAUCACGCCGGCGCUAAUCUAACUUGUUGCCUCGCUACCUCGCGCCUCUGUCUGCUCCUCUUUGAAUCCGACCCGUUUGCUUUAAGAAGUCGCCUAAGCACUGUCCAAAAUGGUUGUGCGAUUCGAGGAACCAGCAGAUUCCCCCCCUCUUUUGACCCCGACAUCAUCGCGACCGCCAUCCCCAGAACCCAGUUCACCCCCAGAGCCCAUCCCACCCAAGCCAGCCAUGCCCUCCACGCCGCAGCAGUCACUUCCCCCGCGCAUACUUAGGCAGAGGGAACUUUGUCAGCGGAUGAUCGCCGUGAUGAAGAGGUUUAUGCAGAAGGGACUUGGUCGGCAGAUGAUCACCAUCACGGAUCCGCUCGGGCGCACCCAGCCACGCUGGGACCACUGCCUCACGCCGGAAUUUUAUAAGUCCAUCCUCCCCGAGGAGCGGUUCCGCGUGGCUGAAUCGAACCUCCUUCUUGACGAGUCUAACCCAACUGCUGGAGACAAAGACGUCUUGGGGUUCCUGUUCAUUCGUCCUAUUUCACAUGACCAGAUGCAAGAUUGGCUGCAAGAGUCGAAGCCGUGGCUUUCGGGUGCAUUCCACAGCCCUCCAACGCUAUCGGCAGAGGAUACUGACGAACGCCACCGGGCCGCCGAGUGUCUGGGUGGCAGUAUGCUGGGUUGGCUCUCUAACUCCGAGUACGACGAGUUUUACCAUACCGCCGGGACGCCUCCACCCCGCACCGUCGGCAUCAUGGAAGGCAAAACGAAGUUCAGCUGGAGUCCCAAGCACUUCGGAUUCCAGUCGCCUCCCCAAGAAAACAUCAUCAAUGGCACCUGGUUCAGUACGGAGUGGAUUCUCGACUACGACGAUGGCCGCUAUCCUCAUUCCGUCGCAUACAUGGCGAGCAACUUGCCGUUGAACGAGAAGUACCUCCUGGCGGGCGAGGUGUUAACUAUCUUCCAUCUUACCUUCCAUCGUUUUGUUUGUAACCUGGCCAAAGCGAAUCCUGUAGUUCCCAUCACGCUCAUAUCUGCGUCCAACCACGAUGUGCGUCUUUUGCACGCAUUCGUCGAUGAUCAGAACAGCUGCGUCCAUGUGCGCAAGUCGAAGAUUUUCAACUUUGAUCAAGGCAUUUUUGAGAAAAAGGGGGGUCGGGUGCGCGAAGACUGGACGAACCUUCUCCGCUGGGUGAUCGGCACACCCGAUCUGAAGUCGGUCUCCGAAAUGGAGGCUCGUCUUGGGAGCGGCGGUGUCCAAGCCCAAGCAGGUAGCGGUCACGGCCACGGACGCGGCUUGGACGCGCCUCGUUACUGACACCCAACGCGGCGGAUAUGACGACCAGCGGCGCAGCCCGUCAUCAACUCGGUACGAGCGAAGCCCUGCACCCUCUGAUCGUUACGCAGACUCCCAGCGCGGGACAUACCACGAUCAGCAGCGACUCUCCGCCUCCCCUCGGCAUGAUCGCAGCCCCAGCUCAGACGCGCGCGAUUCGGGCUCCCAGCGUGGUGGCUAUGAGCAUGAGCGGAAGACAUCACACUCGUCCCGCCAUGAUCGUAGCCCUGCGCCGCCGGUCCAGCGCUAUGCCGACCCGAGCUGCCAGAGCCAGAGCCAGAGCCUCCACCCGGCUAGCGCCCAGUAGUGGAGCGGCCGCGGGGUCAGCGGGCGCCUGAACAGUACUCUGCGUACCGCGGCGGGGGAAGCAGCGCGACAACUCUCCCCGGGCCGUACAUAUGUGGAGGAUCCAAGCUACCGCGAAGAGCGGCGCCUUCGGGAGGACCAACAGGACCGGGAACAGCGGCACGCGGAGGGUUCAAGCUAUCGCGAAGAACGACGUCGCCGGGAGGACCAGCAGUACCGAGAGCAGCGAUAUUCGGAGGAUCAGCAGUACAGGGGGGACCGAUACAGGGAGUCGUCGCGUCGCUAGACGAUGGCCGCAGUUCCAGUACGCACGGGAGAUGUUGCAGCGCGGGUCGACCAGAUGUUUUUGAUUGUGCGCACACUGGGUCACAGGACAGACGAAAUGGAGCGCAAGCAGGCUUGUUGGGGGGAGCGGGGAGUGUGCAUAUUGGGGUUGGUGUGGAAGAUACAUGGGAUGGGGCAAUGGAGUUUUACAAGGUCGAUUUAUCUAAUUAUCUUAACUACCUGUAUUUCG